AUGGCUGAUAAAUACAUUCUUGUUACUGGUGGUGCAGGCUACAUAGGUUCACACACAGUUAUUGAACUCAUUAAUAAUGGAUACAAGGUGGUCAUUGUCGACAACUUAUCCAACUCAUCGUAUGAUGCAGUUGCAAGGAUCGAAUACAUUGUUAAGCAACAUAUCCCUUUUCACAAUGUUGAUAUUCGCAAUCAUGAACAGUUGGACAAGAUCUUCAAAAUAUACGACAUUGUUGGUGUUAUUCAUUUCGCCGCUUUGAAGGCAGUUGGUGAAUCUACAAAAAUUCCAUUAAAGUACUACGAAAACAACGUCACAGGUACCAUAAACUUGAUUGAUGUUUGCCAAGAAAAUAAUGUCAAGACUAUUGUGUUCUCGUCAAGUGCUACUGUUUAUGGUGAUGUUACUAGAUUUGGUCCUACAGAGAUGAUCCCCAUUCCCGAAGAGUGCCCCAUGGAUCCAACAAACCCUUAUGGUAAGACCAAAUAUAUCAUCGAGCAGAUUUUGAAAGAUGUUCAUUCCAGCGACCCUGAAUGGAAAGUAGCUAUUUUGAGAUAUUUCAACCCAAUGGGUGCUCAUCCAUCGGGUUUACUUGGUGAAGACCCCUUGGGAAUCCCCAAUAACUUGCUUCCAUAUUUAGCACAAGUGGCAAUUGGAAGAAGAGAAAAACUAUCUGUUUUUGGUAAUGACUAUAAUUCCCACGAUGGUACACCCAUUAGGGAUUACAUUCAUGUUGUUGAUUUGGCAAAAGGUCAUAUUGCUGCCCUUGAUUACUUGAAGCAAUUGGAGAGCGAAAAGAAGCAAAAGGGACUUUACAGAGAGUGGAAUCUUGGUACUGGUAAAGGCUCAACUGUGUUUGACGUUUACAAUGCAUUCUGCAAAGCUGUUGGUAGAGAGUUACCAUACGAAGUUGCACCAAGAAGACAAGGAGAUGUGUUGGAUUUAACUGCAAAGCCAAACCGCGCAAACACUGAGUUGAAAUGGAAGGCAGAAUUGACCGUCGACGAUGCAUGUAAGGAUUUGUGGAGAUGGACCACAGAGAAUCCCUAUGGAUUUGAAGUUCAGAAUUACAAGUGGGACACUUUUGGCGGGGAAAAUAACCGUAAGCACACUUUCACAAAUGGUGAUUUAGAAGUUAGCCUUUGCAAUCGAGGUGCAUUGAUACAAGAUGUCAAGUUUUUAGGGCAACAGUUGGUGUUGAAUUAUAACGAUGCUAAGAAUUACAAUCUGGACCAGAACCCAUAUCUUGGAACAACAAUUGGAAGAUUUACCAACAGGAUCAAGGGAGGUGAAUUUAAAUUGGAUGGAGAGGAAACUUUUAAGCUCACUCAAAAUGAAGGCAGCAACACUUUACACUCGGGUAAGAACGGUUUCGAUAAGCAAGAUUUCUUUGGUCCUGUUGUCAAGUUCAAGGAUGGGGAAUUCAAGGUCGAUUUCAAGUUGAUUGAUAGUGAUGGCAAUGAUGGGUUCCCUGGUGAAUUGGAAACUAUAGUGCACUACACUAUUGGUGCUACUUCAAUUGAUAUUGAAUUUGAAUCAAAGCUAGUUACUGGAAAUGCAACAAUCGUCAAUUUGACAAACCACAGUUACUACAAUAUAUCCAACAGUGAUACUAUUGACAAUACGCAAAUUAAUGUAUUCACAAACGAUGUCUUGGAGUUUGGUUCAGACAAGUUGCCAACAGGAAAAACGAUCAAGAAAGAAGUGCCUAGUACACUUUUGACUGCAAAUGACUCAUUUGAUGAUUGUUUUGUUGUGUGUGCAUCAUCCAACUCAAUAGAUACUAGGUCAAAGACAUUGCAGAAACUCAUUGAGGCAACACACCCCGAGUCUGUAGUUAAACUCACUAUAUCAUCUACCGAACCAGCCUUCCAAUUCUACACCAGUCAAAGUAUCGAAAAAACCGGUGGAAAGAAUGGGUCUCGAAAUGGAUUCUGCGUUGAGCCUUGUAGAUUUGUUGAUGCAAUUCAUCUCGAUGAAUACAAAAAACAAGUUGUGUUACAAAAAGGUGAAACUUAUGGGGCAAGAACAAGGAUUGAAUUGAGUAAAAAGUAA